AUGGAGGAUGCAGAGGGCGACGCUGAUGCCACCUUCAUCUGGGGCACCAACCUCUCAGUGAGCAGGGUGCAGUCCCGCUUCACAUCCUUCAUCAAGACCUUCCGCCUCCCUGAAGAGUUCGACCCCAAGUACCUGCAGCUGCUCCAGGAGACACGUGAGCGGGGCGAGGUGUCCUUCAACAUCGACGGACACCACAUGCACGAUUUCGAUCGCACCCUCUACAUGUGGGCCAUCACCUACCCAGCUGAAACUGUUCCCAUCUUUGACGGUCAGCUGUCGGCCAUCGCCGCUGAGCUGGAGGGGACAGACCCUGAAGAGAUCCAAGUGCAGGCACGCAUCUACAACCUGCUGGAGAUCAAGGUGAUCAGGGACUUGAACCCCUCGGACAUCAACCGCAUGAUCGCCGUGAGCGGCAUGGUCACCCGCACCAGCGGCGUUAUCCCGGACCAGAGGACCGCAAACCACCCCCCUCCCUGCCCCCUACUUCGCAGCCUGGCCCUGUUCCGCUGCAUGCAGUGCGGGCACGAGGUGGUGGAGUGGAACGAUAGGGGCAAGGUGAACGAGCCCUCCACCUGCCCCAGCCCCUCCUGCCAGGCGCGGUACAGCAUGCAGAUGCUGUACAACCGCUCCUGCUUCCUGGACAAGCAGCUGAUGAAGAUGCAGGAGAACCCCAACGACAUCCCGGAGGGCGAGACGCCGCACACCGAUCUGGUGGACCUGGCCAAGCCGGGCGACCGCAUCACCGUCACCGGCGUGUACCGAGCUGCAGGCGCUGUGUACAAGACCUACCUGGACGUGGUCCACGUGGAGAAGAACGAGUCGACCUCCCUCUUCUCCCUCUCCGACACGCUGGCCGCCGAGGAGGGCGAGGAGCUGCCCGCUCACCUGACGGCGGCGGCCAAGGCCGGCGACGCCCAGAACAACGGGGUGCGCACCAACAACGUGACGGGGGAGGAGAUGGCGGAGAAGAGGACGCAGCUGCAGGCCAUCGCCGCCGACCCGGAUGUGUACGAAAAGCUGGCGGCCUCGCUGGCGCCCUCCAUCUGGCAGCUGGACGACGUGAAGAAGGGCCUCCUCUGCCAGCUGUUUGGUGGGGUGUCCAAGACCCUGCCCGGUGUCAAGACGCGUGGGGAGAUCAAUGUGCUGCUCGUGGGAGACCCGGGAGUGUCCAAGUCCCAAAUCCUAAGCUAUGUGCACAAGCUUGCGCCAAGGGGAAUCUACACCUCCGGCAAGGGAUCCUCGGCAGUGGGAUUGACAGCCUACGUUACGCGGGACCCCGAGACCAAGGAAAUGGUGCUGGAGAGCGGAGCCCUGGUGCUCUCAGAUCGCGGCAUCUGCUGCAUCGAUGAGUUUGACAAGAUGUCCGAGGCGGCACGCAGCAUGUUGCAUGAGGUCAUGGAGCAGCAGACCAUCUCGGUCGCAAAAGCCGGCAUCAUUGCCACCCUGAAUGCCCGGACUUCUGUGCUGGCCAGCGCCAACCCCGUCGGCUCCCGGUACAACCCCCAGCUGAGCGUGGUGGAGAACAUCCAGCUCCCCCCUUCCCUCAUGUCCCGCUUCGACCUCAUCUACCUGCUGCUGGACAAGCCCAACGAGGCAUCUGACCGGAAGCUGGCCAAACACCUGGUCUCCCUGUUCGGGGACAGGUCCAACCUGGAGGCCAAGAAGGCCCCGAUUGCCGCCGAACUGCUCAAGGAGUACAUCGCCUUUGCGCGCGCCACCUGCCACCCGGCCCUGUCCUCCGAGGCGGCCGAAGCCCUGGCGACAUCGUACGCCGAGAUGCGGAGCAUGGGCAUGAGCCGGAAGACGGUGAGUGCCACGCCGCGCCAGCUGGAGUCCCUGAUCCGGCUGUCGGAGUCGCUGGCACGCAUGCGCCUGGCGGCCACGGUGACGGUGGACGACGUGACGGAAGCGGUGCGCCUGAUGAAGGUGGCGAUGCAGCAGAGCUCCAUCGACCCGCGCACGGGGCAGAUCGACAUGGACGUCAUCCAGACCGGGGUGUCGGCCGCGGAGCGCGGCAUGAAGGCCCGGCUGUCCGGCGAGGUCCGCGCCCUGCUCCAGGCGCGGCUUGGUGGCCAGGGCAUGCGCCUGGCAGAGCUGCUGGAAGGCAUGAACGCGCAGGCCAGCGUCCACGUCAGCGAGCGCGAUCUGCGCCUGGCCCUGUCCGAGCUGGAGGAGGACUACCGCCUGGCCGCCGGGGUCAUCACCGCGCGGACCUGA